UCACUUCUGAUAAACCCUAGUACCGUCCUUCCACAUAUGAUCAUAAUGAUCAGUAGGAAGCAUCGCCACCACGAGACGGCGGCCCUCCGCCUCGGCAUGUGGUGGUUGGCUUGCUGCGUUAUGGCUUUAUCCUCGGCGGUGCAAGGGGAGGAGAUCUUCCUAGAGUGGCAUGUUAAGAUAGACAACACGAUCAAGCCGGUGUCCGUUAAUCAGCCGGUUAUUACGAUUAAUGAUUUAUUUCCUGGACCUCUUAUCAACGCAACAACAAACGAUAAUGUGCAUGUCAACGUGUACAACGAUAUGGAUGAGCCACUUCUCAUGACAUGGAAUGGCAUUCAACAAAGGCUGAACUCUUGGCAAGAUGGGGUGUCGGGUACCAAUUGCCCGAUCCGACCCGGUACCAAUUGGACUUAUGUGUUUCAACUGAAGGACCAAAUCGGCGGAUUCCACUACUUCCCAACAAUUAACUUCCAGCGGGCCGGGGGAGGAUUCGGCCCGAUCCGAAUCAACAAUCGGAUCGUCAUUAAUGUGCCCUUCCCCAAGCCCGAACAAGAGUUUGACCUUCUUAUUGGUGAUUGGUACGGAUUAAGUUUCAAGAAAGUUAGGGUGACGUGGGGUGCGGACUAUUUUCCUGAUUGGAUCCUUAUGAACGGAAAAGGCCCAUAUCAUAGCCCAUUUUCGGAAGCCCACGAGUCCUUCAACGUAUCGAGAGGAAAAACCUACAGAUUUAGAAUUUCAAAUGUUGGCAACCUGUGGAGCAUCAAUUUCCGGAUUCAGAACCACAAAAUGCUAUUGGUGGAAACGGAAGGAUCCUACACCAAUCAGAUUACGUUGGACUCUCUCGACGUCCACGUCGGCCAGUCUUACUCUGUGCUCGUCACAGCUGACCAGUACCCAGCUGAUUAUUAUAUAGUCGCAACUCCAAAAUGGGUCAACUUGACUAAGCCCAAUGCGAUUGCUGCAGUUGGGCUAUUGCACUAUGACAACUCCACUGAAUCUGUUAAUGGGCCGUUGCCAAAUGGGCCUGACCCGUUUGAUAUCGACUUCUCGCUCAAUCAAGCUCAAGCCAUCACGUUGAAUAUGAGUACAGGUGGUGCUAGACCUAACCCGCAAGGGUCAUUCAACGUGACGAAUGUGACACUGUCACAAACCUUUCUUCUCCGCGGAUCACUUGCCGUCAUAGAUGGCUACCCUCGUUAUACUGUGAACAAUGUUACAUAUGUAACUCCAUCCACGCCUUUGAAAUUGGCUGAUCAGUUCCUCAAUGGCUCCGGUGUGUAUGAACUCGAUGCUUUUCCUAUUCACUCAAGCCUGCCGGCCCCUGUCAACGGCACGUUUGUUGUCUCGGGGACUCACAAGGGAUGGCUCGAGAUCGUGUUCAAGAACGACUUGGAUAUGAUCGACUCUUGGCAUUUGGACGGGUUCGGGUUCUUUGUGGUCGGUUUCGGUCUAGGAGAAUGGACGCCUGAGGCACGAUCAACAAUGUACAAUUUUGAUGAUCCAGUCGUACGUUCUACGGUCCAGGUGUACCCAGGAGGAUGGACGGCAGUGUACGUGUAUUUGGACAAUCCAGGAAUGUGGAAUUUAAGGUCACAGAAUCUCAGACAUUGGUACUUAGGCCAAGAACUCUACAUUAGGGUUUAUGAUCCUGAUCCCAAUCCAGCCAAAGAGCGAUCACCCCCCAAUAACCUCUUGUUUUGCGGAGCUGUUCAAGCACCUCCUCCUCCGCCACCAUCUCUCCCUUUGCCAAGUCCGCCUCCACCGAAGGCGGUGCCGGUCCCAUCUCCGCCGUCUUCCGCUGCCGUGAAGACAUCCCACAUAGGCUGGUUGUAUGUUGUAAUAAGCUGUAGUUUUGUACUACUGUCAAGUGGGGUACAAAUUAAUGCCUCAUAGUGGUAAAGGAAAAUCUUUGAAUGUCAAUAAAUUGGUGUAUCAAUUUCAAGGAGAAAAGGAAAUUAUGCUAAUUUGAGUAUAU